CCCUCCUGCUCUGUGAGAAAUACCAAGGUGUAUAAAACGGGAGUAGGAUUCAAGGGAAGCAGGAAAGAGAGAAAAAGAGUGAGAACGCAUCGAAGCAGAAGUGUGGACAUAAAACAGCUGUUCAGUUUCAGAACUUUGGACAGCGAAGCGGAAGGAGCCAAAGAUUGCAACUUUCUUCAGACCACAUGUGUAAAGCGAUGUUACAACGGACCGGUCCCCAUCUGCUUCUCCUAAUAGCCCUGUGCAGUGUGUUAUACUCUCGGACUCUGAGUCUGCCAUACAAAUCCAUGAGACCGACGAGACACGCAGAUGGUCUGUUCACCAGCGGAUACAGCAAACUCCUGGGACAGCUUUCAGCGCGAAGAUACCUGGAGUCUCUGAUCGGGAAGCGGGUCAGCGAUGAGCUGAUGGACGAGCCAGUGAAGCGCCACUCAGAUGCCAUCUUCACAGACAACUACAGCCGCUUCCGCAAACAGAUGGCGGUCAAGAAGUACCUGAACUCAGUUUUAACAGGAAAGAGAAGCUUAGAAGAUCCUGGAACCAGUGAGCCUGAGGAGUCCAGGGACGAACCCAACACGUUCCAGGAGAGCUACGACGACAUCAAUGUAGAUCAUCUCCUAAACAACUUUCAGCUGCCACUUUGAGGAGGGGGCCUCUGCUCAAGCCAAUACCUCAAGUCAUCCUCGUAAAAAUGCUCAUUCCAAAAAGAAAAAAAAAAAAAAAAAAAAAAAAUAUCCAGAGUACAUCAGAAAGUCAGCUCAACCAACUAUAAUGUGUUUUCCAACGUGGUUCGUUAUCUAUCCAUCUCCACAGUACAUGUUUACACUGUAUAUCUGCAGUAUUUAUACACUCAGUGCUAUCACUAAAGACUCUUUAGGCCGCACGAACAAUGUAUGUGUCCAUGUUCAGUUUUAGUUGGUGAGCAUUUGAAUCUGAGAAGCAGCAGUAAAUAUAAACAUAAGCAUCAUGUUUGCUUUCUUUCUGGCAACGCUGAUGUUUCCUAACUUUCAAAGGAAGACCAGAUGCACUGAAUUAAAAGGAAAGCUGUCCCACCAACAUUGAGUUAAACUAUUAAACCCAUUGAAUAUCAGUGUAACAGCAUGGUUUUAUUCAUUUGCACUCACUGAUUCUCAUAUACUGUCAUUUCAAAUGAAUGAAAAGUCUUAAUGCAUUUCAAAUUUCGAUAGGACACAGAUUAUUGGUUGAACACUAGACCCAUUAGCCUGCAAUGUUACCUUCAGCCAAACAAAAAUAUAGCAUGAUAAGACUUAAAAAACAAAGAAAUUUCAAUUAAACAAUAUAUUUGUUUCA